UUGGAGAUGCCUCGCUUUGCUAGCUUGCUACUGCUCGCCCUGCUCGCUCUUUCUCGGGCCUACCAAGAAGAAGAUGAAGAAUUCCUAGAACAUGAGGAGGAAGACACCAUGGACAUCUCCGCCGCGAUCCUCGCCGCCAACAACGGCACCGAUGAGCUCCUCCUGGAAGGGGACCUGUUGCUUCCCAAAACCAGGAACGCCAUGAAAUGCUGGUCUGGGAGCUGCCGCUGGAGGAAAGACUCCAAAGGCUAUGUGACUGUCCCUUACGUGGUGAGCGGCGCGUUCCCUCAAUGGGAGAAGCAGAAGAUCCAGGCGGCCUUGGCGUCCUUCCACGCCGGCACCUGCGUCCGCUUCGUUCCGCGGCGCAAUGAGUACGACUAUGUGAGCGUGGAGAACAAUGACGGUUGCUUCUCGGUUUUUGGGAGGCAAGGCGGCGCGCAGGUGUUGUCUCUCAACCGCCGCGGGUGCCUCUACACGGGGAUCAUCCAACACGAGUUCAACCACGCUCUGGGCUUUCACCACGAGCAGACCAGGAGCGACCGUGACAAAUACGUCAGGAUCAACUGGCAGAACGUGGACCAGCAAAUGGCCCACAAUUUCUACAGACGAGACACUGACAACCUGGGGACGCCUUAUGACUACUCCUCCGUCAUGCACUACGGGAAAAAGGCCUUCAGUAACAACGGGAGAGACACCAUCACUCCCAUCCCCGAUUCCCGCGUCCCCAUUGGCCAGAGACGUGGCCUGUCCAAAUGGGACAUCAGGAGAAUCAACAUCCUCUACGACUGUUGA